UUAUAGACUUAUCACAUCUUCCUUCGGAAUUAAGCAAUCCAUGUUUCGUUUUCUCUUUUCCGAUCGCUAUUUAGUGGCAGACUCUGUCUUUUCACUUGUAUGAGCUUACAUUUAACUCUUUUGUUUUAGCUCAUAUAGUUCUUUAAUUUUGUCCUUGAUGGUGAUGUAAAAGACUUUUUGGGAGGAUUUAGAAUUAAGAUAUCUCAAACCGCAGAUAACUCGGAAUGGCUAAUCUGGAGAGUGAAGUGGUGCCAUCAUCUCUUGUGGAGGUAGCACCAAUCCUUCGUUUAGCCAAUGAUGUAGAAGCUAGUAACCCUCGUGUUGCUUACUUAUGUCGGUUUUAUGCUUUUGAGAAGGCAUGCAAGAUUGAUCCCACAUCAAGUCGUCGUGGUGUUCGCCAGUUCAAGACUGCGCUUCUUCGACGCUUAGAACAUGAUCAGGAUGAAACACUUCGUGCAGAUAGGCAGAAGGGUAGUGAUGCUUGCGAAAUGCAAAGCUUUUAUCAACACUACAACAAGACAUAUAUUCAGCCUUUGCUAGACGCUGCUGACAAAGCUGACCGUGCUCAACUCAAAAAGGCAUAUCAAACUGACGCUAUUUUCCUUGAAGUCUUGAAGUCGUUAAAAGUGGAAGUGGCUGAUGAGGUUAUGGAAGCCCACACAAAGAUCAUUGAAAGAAUCCAGAUUUUAUGUGCCUUAGAAGAUGAUGAUGACAUUUUUGAGGAAUACCUCAAGAACCAAUUGUAGCUGAAGAACCCAAAUUGAAAAGAGAAAAUGUUGAUCAAAAAUCUUUUCUUAUUAAUACUAUAGAAGAAGGAAACAAACAACUUCUAGAGCAAUUGAAGAAGACAAACGAACAAAGACAACAGUUUCUGGAUAUUCAAAGCAAAACUUACGCACUGAAAGAAAUUGGAGAAGAAAACAAAAUCUUACUGCUGGACUUGAGUUCUAUACAUAAUCCGUAUAUUCGUUCAUUUAUGGAAGGCGAACAAACAAGGAUUUUGCAAAAGCGUAAUUAUCAAUACCGAUGUUAAGAAUCUAUCCUUUGCUUUAUUUCUUGCUUUGACAAUAUUUUGAUGAUCUUGGUCUUAGUCUUUGUUGUGAUUAUCUUUAACUGUGCUACUCUAUGUAUUCUGAAAUUUAAAGUUACUUGCUAUUUAAUAUAUGCCAUUGUUAUAUUUUUAA